GCAGCGGUGGUGAGGCGUGAGGCCGUUUACCCUCCGCUGCCCGAAGGAAGGACGCAGGACAGUGGCCAGUGGUCGUGUGCUGCUGCUGCUGCUGCUGCUGCUGCUUUCGAGAGCCAGGCAGAAACGGACAGCAGGAUGAUUGAGAUUUGCGAAGUUUCCGUAUCAGGAGACAAGGACCAUCUCCUGGAAUCUCAUCAUUCUUGUGAUUCAUGCAAUGAACAUGAUGCAGAGAAGCAAACCUGUGUAACUUCCAAGAUGGAGAACGCCGGAGGAGACCUUAAAGAUGGCUGCCACCACUACGAGGGAGCUGUUGUCAUUUUGGACGCUGGAGCUCAGUACGGGAAAGUAAUAGACCGGAGGGUGAGGGAGCUGUCCGUGCAGUCCGAAAUCUUCCCCUUGGAGACGCCGGCGUUCGCCAUAAAAGAACAAGGUUUCCGUGCCAUUAUCAUCUCGGGGGGACCUAAUUCUGUAUAUGCCGAAGACGCCCCCUGGUUUGACUCGGCAAUCUUCACGAUCGGCAAGCCUGUCCUUGGGAUUUGCUAUGGCAUGCAGAUGAUGAAUAAGGUAUUUGGAGGCACCGUGCACAAAAAAAGUGUUAGAGAAGAUGGAGUGUUCAACGUUAGUGUCGAUAACACAUGCUCAUUAUUCAGGAGUCUUCAGAAGGAAGAAAUUGUUCUGCUUACACAUGGAGAUAGUGUAGACAAAGUGGCUGAUGGAUUCAAGGUUGUGGCGCGUUCCGGAAACAUCGUAGCAGGUAUAGCAAAUGAAUCUAAAAAGUUAUAUGGAGUACAGUUCCACCCUGAAGUUGGCUUGACAGAAAAUGGCAAAGUAAUACUGAAGAAUUUCCUGUAUGAUAUAGCUGGGUGCAGUGGAACUUUCACUGUGCAAAAUAGAGAACUUGAAUGCAUUCGGGAGAUCAAAGAGCAAGUAGGCUCAUCGAAAGUUUUGGUUUUACUCAGUGGCGGAGUAGACUCAACAGUUUGUACAGCUUUGCUAAAUCGUGCUCUGAAUCAAGAUCAAGUCAUUGCUGUGCACAUUGAUAAUGGCUUUAUGAGAAAACGAGAAAGCCAGAGUGUUGAAGAGGCCCUAAAAAAGCUUGGAAUUCAGGUCAAAGUAAUAAAUGCUGCUCAUUCUUUCUACAAUGGAACAACUACACUGCCAAUAUCAGAUGAAGACAGAACCCCACGAAAAAGAAUAAGCAAAACAUUGAAUAUGACUACAAGUCCUGAGGAGAAAAGAAAAAUCAUUGGGGAUACUUUUGUUAAGAUUGCCAAUGAAGUAAUUGGAGAAAUGAACCUGAAACCAGAGGAGGUUUUUCUUGCUCAAGGUACUUUACGGCCUGAUCUGAUUGAAAGUGCAUCAUUUGUUGCAAGUGGCAAAGCUGACCUCAUCAAAACCCAUCACAAUGACACAGAACUUAUCAGAAAGUUGAGAGAAGAGGGAAAAGUAAUAGAACCUUUAAAAGAUUUUCAUAAAGAUGAAGUGAGGAUUUUAGGCAGAGAACUUGGUCUUCCGGAAGAAUUAGUUUCUAGGCAUCCGUUUCCAGGUCCUGGCCUGGCAAUCAGAGUAAUAUGUGCUGAAGAACCCUAUAUUUGUAAGGACUUUCCUGAAACGAACAAUAUUUUGAAGAUAGUGGCUGAUUUUUCUGCUAGUGUUAAAAAGCCUCAUACGUUAUUACAAAGAGUCAAAGCCUGCACUUCAGAAGAGGAUCAAGAAAAACUGAUGCAAAUUACGAGUCUGCAUUCCCUGAAUGCCUUCCUGCUGCCAAUUAAAACUGUGGGUGUACAGGGUGAUUGUCGUUCCUACAGUUAUGUGUGUGGAAUCUCCAGUAAAGAUGAACCUGACUGGGAAUCUCUGAUGUUCCUGGCGAGGCUUAUUCCUCGGAUGUGUCACAAUAUUAACAGGGUUGUCUAUGUAUUUGGUCCACCAGUGAAAGAGCCUCCUACAGAUGUUACUCCCACUUUCCUGACCACGGGGGUGCUCAGCACUCUACGGCAGGCUGAUUUUGAGGCACAUAACAUUCUCAGGGAGUCUGGGUAUGCUGGCAAAAUCAGCCAGAUGCCGGUGAUCUUGACACCUUUGCAUUUUGACCGGGACCCACUUCAGAAGCAGCCCUCGUGCCAGAGAUCUGUGGUCAUUCGCACCUUUAUUACUAGUGACUUUAUGACGGGUAUCCCUGCGACACCUGGCAACGAGAUCCCUGUGGAGGUGGUGUUAAAGAUGGUCACUGAGAUAAAGAAGAUCCCUGGUAUUUCUCGGAUUAUGUAUGACUUAACGUCAAAGCCCCCGGGAACCACUGAGUGGGAGUAAUAAACUAAUGUGCUGUCAGAGUCCUGCGUGCAGUAUACAGUGAUUAGAAAUCAUCCUUACUAUUGACAUGCAGUGCUGUGAAAACAGUUCAUGGAGCAGCUACAUCACAUCCAGAGUUGUCUGCAGCUUAAGAGCUGGGUUGGGGAUAGCUUAAGGGAUUAAAGAGUUUGUACGGGUAAAUAAUCACGCACCAUCGCCUACACUCAGACAGGGUGACAACUGCUUUGUCUACCUGGCUGUUUUGUUUUUUAAUGUGAACCCAUUGGUGCUUUGACGUCUCUGUGGUGAUGUGGGAAGGAGGGUGAGGUAAUGGAUGGGAAGCAGUAGAGGAGUUCUUUCUGCCUGCUCGUUUCUCUGAGGUGUUAGGCACACCCAUCGAAUAAGUAAUUUCAUUUUUCCAGUGGGUGAGGAAGAGACGAUGUAGCAGAUAAUGGGAUAGGUGGGCUGUCUUAGCCAGUUGGGAGGACGCUGAAGCUAUAAAAUGUAAGGUACCAUUAGAGAGGCACACACAGGACUUGGUUCACAUACUUCAGAGCUUUGUAAAUCGCAGCCAUGGAAAGAAGAAAUGGUCUUAGUGUCUAGGAGUGAUCUUUAAAUGUUUUCAAGCCGUGCUGCACAGAGAUGCCGUGUUGCUCAUCUUCCCCUUUUCUGUGAGUUGUGCGUCCUUCCAACAGCCUUACAUUACCAGCUUCAGAGCUGUGCAUAGAAAGCUCUCUCCUCAGAAGGGACUUUGGCUGAUGUCUGUGGUGUUGUGCAGGUGCUUCUCUUUUUUGCUUGAUGAGAAGAGCGGCUGAGACCACAGAAGGCACAGCACAUGCCUGCAGCUUACGGAGAGAAGUGUUUGUAUCAUCUAGGAAAGGUGAAAAAUGAGCCCUUAAGCCUGAUGUGUUGGCAGGCUUAGAACUGGGUUCAGGAGUCUGACUACUCUGGAUCCGUGAAUAAUAUUUGGUGAUCCAGAUGAUUCAAGACCUGGUUAAGGACUCAUUUUCAUUGCCACUGGGUUCCAGCAGUUGCCACUUCGUACUUGUUCAAGUAUCUCCUUUAUUUAGAUCCAAAAUUUUGAGAUUCAGUAUUAGAUAACAAAAAGUGAUGGCUGGCAGAAGUUGUCUUGCAUUCU